AUGAAACAUUCUAAGGCAAGGAAUGUUAUUGAGAGAUGUUUUGGACUAUUAAAAGGAAGGUGGGGUAUUCUUAGGACCCCAUCCUUCUUUCCAAUACGUACUCAUGGGCGUAUAGUUCAAGCAUGUGUACUAUUACACAAUCUUAUUCGAAAACAUAUGCCAACAGAUUACACAAUGUAUUGGGAUUCCGAUAGUGAAGAAGGUGAAAGUGAUGAUGAGGGCCUAGAUGAUGAAGUUGAGUUGAUUACUCAAAUAGCUACUACGGAUGCUUGGACUACUUAUCGGAAUAACUUAGCACAAAAUAUGUUUAAUAAUUGGAGACUUAGGAUGAAUGUUGGUCUAUUUGUUCAAAGUGGAAGAGGGAAAAACAAGCGAUCAUGGAAUAAAUCAUUUGUAUUGGAGCUGAACAUUGUAGGAUUGGAAAGUGAUUGA